AUGUCCACCGUCGCCGAGCUCUGUCCCGUCUACGCUCCCUUCUUCGGAGCCAUGGGCUGUACUUCUGCCAUCGUCUUCACCUGUAUCGGUGCUGCCUACGGUACCGCCAAGUCUGGUGUCGGAAUCUCCGCCAUGGCUGUCCUCCGACCCGAUCUCAUGAUGAAGUGUGCCAUUCCUGUCGUUAUGGCUGGUAUCAUUGGUAUCUACGGUCUAGUCGUUUCCGUCCUCAUCUCCGGUAAUCUCACCUCCCCCAUGCCCCUCUACACCGGUUUCAUCCAGCUCGGUGCCGGUCUUUCUGUCGGUCUUGCGGGUUUGGCGGCUGGUUUCGCUAUCGGUAUCGUCGGUGACGCUGGUGUCCGGGGUACGGCUCAACAGCCUAGGUUGUUUGUCGGUAUGAUCUUGAUCCUCAUUUUCGCCGAAGUCUUGGGUCUUUACGGUCUCAUUGUGGCCUUGAUCCUCAACACCAACUCUACCGUCGACUACACAUGUUCCAUUGCGGCCUAA